GAGAAGAUUUUAUGUUUCCAUGGCCCUCUCAUAUAUGAGGCCAAGUGUCUCAAGGCCUCAAUUGAGGAGAAGACACCCAAGUAUUUGGUUCAUUAUGCUGGCUGGAACAAGAGCUGGGAUGAAUGGGUUGGUGAGAGUCGUAUGCUGAAGUUCAAUGAAGUGAACCUGCAGAAACAAAAGAAUCUCCUCACCCAGCAUGACACCCUUUUGGCUUCAAAACGGAAGCUAAAGCUAUUCUCUGGAUCAGUGGGACGCCGAAAAGCAGAAAGUCAGUCUGCCAAUGCUGGAAGUACUCCUUUGACUCCCACUCAGCAGGAUCCUUCACCUGCACCUUCAUCAGCUUCCUCUGCUUCCUCCUCUAAGCAUCAUACCAGUGAAAGUUCUGAACGUCCUUCAGGGACCAAUCAGGCAGGUAAUAGUCCAGCAUCAACCAUUCCAAACAACCUUCAUGGGGUUUCAUCUACAAGUUCAACCAGCAGCUCUGCCUCGCACACUCCCAGAUCUCCUUUCCCUGAACCCAUGGAUACUAAGCAAGUGGAAAACUCAACUCAAGGUCAACUUGGAGAGCAAGUUGAGUAUCGGUUCCAGCUGCCUGAUGAGCUCAAUGCAUUCUUGGUUGAGGACAGGGAAAUGGUUGUCCGCAAAGGCAAGUUGCUGACCCUUCCAGCCAGUCCAAGUGUGGACCAACUUAUUGACACCUAUGUGACACAUCGUGCUUGUCUUCCUAAUAACAACAUCAAUAAGGAACGAGCAAUUGUGGAGGUGAUGGAAGGGCUGAAAGACAUCUUCAAUGCCCUUCUGGGUUCACAGCUUCUCUACAAGUAUGAGAGGGCUCAGUACAUUGAAAUCAUGUCUGAGCAAAUAGACAGCUCUGCUAGCCAGCUUUAUGGGGCUACCCAUCUCUUGCGACUCUUUGUGAAUUUGGGUCCAAUGCUUGGGAUCACUGGAGCAGAUGAAGAGAGCGUUCGUCUCCUCAUGGCUUAUGUCCAGGAUUUCCUGAAGUAA